AUGGCACUCUUCGUUCUGUUCGAGUCGGCAUCGGGCUUCGCCCUUUUUGAGGCAAAAGACUUGGAUGAGAUUGGAAACUCUGCUGAGAAGGUCCAGGAGUCCGUCAACAACCUGGAGCGCUUUGGCAAGGUCGUCAAGCUGACGGCCUUCAAGCCGUUCUCCUCGGCGGCCAACGCCCUGGAGCAGAUCAACGCCAUCAGCGAGGCGCAGCUCACGGACGACCUCAAGAACUUCCUCGCCCUCAACCUGCCAAAGGCCAAGGAGGGCAAGAAGCCCAAGAAGUUCCAGCUGGGCGUCUUUGAGGCCAAGCUGGGCAGCGCCAUCCAGGAGGCCACCGGCGUGCCCUGCGGGACCUCAAGGAGCCGGACCUGA